CAUGGCGGCUGUGCAGAGCUGCUGAAAUCCGUGUUCCUCGCGGCCAAAGGAGCGAGGAUUGAGCCGUGAUCUGCUCUCCGCCCUCUCGUCGUGACCCCCCUCCUUCCGAGCAGUGGCCUCUCUCUCCCCCUACUAAGCCUCCCACCCCCACCCCCCCUUAGGGCCUCAGUCUCUCCCUUCGCUGAGGGAGAGCGAGCGAGGGCGCGCGCGCCCGAGUUUUCCUUCAUCCCUCCCCCCCUUGGGGGUGCGGGGGAGGGGAGCUGGGCAGAGCGGGGACCCCGAGGGACCCUGCAGGACUCCGUAGGAGGAGGGGGCUGGGCUCCCGCCGCUGGGGGCCUGGCGGGCUGCAGGCGCCAGCGCUGAGGCGGCGGCUGUCAGCGGGGCCGUCAGCGGGCCCAAGAGCCGAAGGUGGCAGCGGCGGCGGCGGCAGUGGCGGCAGGUCUGUCCAUGUUAAUGGAAUGUUAACUGAAACUAGCAGUGGUGACCUGUGUUACAAUAACAAUUACUCAAGAAUACUUCCAGAUGAAGACCACAUUGGGGAUUCUUGCUUAUGUUAAGUUGCCUUUGCUGUUGGUCUCAAAUAAAUAGACUUCAAAGGUUAAAGUCCUCUCUGGAAAACAUCUUUUCUCCAUUCCUCAGGAGUGUUUCAAUUGACGUGAACUGUUCUGCAUGCUCAUUAUGAACAAAGAAGUCUCCUUGGUGUGAAAUAGCUCAACAUGAGUGGCCUCGGAGACAGUUCGACAGACCCUUCUAACCCAGAUUCCCACAAGAGAAAAGGAUCACCAUGUGACACCCUGGCAUCAAGCACCGAAAAGAGGCGCAGGGAACAAGAAAAUAAAUAUUUAGAAGAGCUGGCUGAGUUACUGUCUGCGAACAUUGGUGACAUUGAUAGCCUGAGCGUAAAACCAGACAAAUGCAAGAUAUUAAAGAAAACUGUCGAUCAGAUUCAGCAAAUGAAAAGGAUGGAACAAGAGAAAACAGCAACUGAUGAUGACGUCCAGAAAUCAGACAUCUCAUCGAGUAGCCAAGGCGUGAUUGAAAAGGAAUCUUUGGGACCCCUUCUUUUGGAGGCCUUGGAUGGAUUUUUCUUUGUUGUGAAUCGUGAAGGGAGAAUUGUAUUUGUGUCAGAAAAUGUGACCAGCUACUUGGGUUACAAUCAGGAAGAACUAAUGAAUACCAGUGUCUACAGCAUACUGCAUGUGGGAGAUCAUGCAGAAUUUGUCAAGAAUCUGCUACCAAAAUCACUAGUAAAUGGAGUUCCUUGGCCUCAGGAGGCAACAAGACGAAAUAGCCAUACCUUUAACUGCCGGAUGCUAAUUCGCCCUCCAGAUGAGCCAGGCACUGAGAACCAAGAAGCUUGCCAGCGGUAUGAAGUAAUGCAGUGUUUCACUGUGUCACAACCAAAAUCAAUCCAGGAAGAAGGAGAAGAUUUUCAGUCGUGUUUGAUUUGUAUUGCACGGCGAUUACCUCGGCCUGCAGCUAUUACGGGUUCAGAAUCAUUUAUGACCAAGCAAGAUACUACAGGUAAAAUCAUCUCUAUCGACACCAGUUCAUUGAGAGCUGCUGGUAGAACCGGCUGGGAAGAUUUAGUGAGGAAGUGCAUUUAUGCCUUUUUCCAGCCUCAAGGCAGAGAGCCCUCUUAUGCCAGACAGCUAUUUCAAGAAGUGAUGACUCGUGGCACUGCCUUCAGCCCAUCCUAUAGGUUCAUAUUGAAUGAUGGGACAAUGCUUAGCGCCCACACCAAGUGUAAACUUUGCUACCCUCAAAGUCCAGAUAUGCAGCCUUUCAUCAUGGGAAUUCAUAUCAUCGACAGGGAACACAAUGUUCUUUCUCCUCAAGAUAACACUAAUUCUGGAAUGUCACUUCCUCGAAUAAACCCAUCAGUAAAUCCUAGUAUCUCUCCAGCCCAGAAUAUGGCCCGAUCAUCCACACUUCCACCAUCUAACAGCAGCAUGGUUACUCCCAGAGUAAAUCAUCAACCAAACUCUGAUCUUCAUAGCAGCAGUAAUAGUAAUUCCAACACCAGCCAAGGGAGCUUUGGAUGUUCACCUGGAAAUCAAGUUGUAGCCAGUGUUGCCUUAAACCAGGGACAGGCUGGUUCCCAGGGCAGUAAUCACUCUUUAAGCCUCAAUAAUUCUCCAAUGGAUAGUACAGGAAUUACCUUAACACAGUUCAUGUCGCCAAGAAGACAGGUUAGCUCUGGAUUGGUAACAAGGCCAAGAAUGCCAAGCAAUUCUUUUUCUCCCAAUAUUCCUUCAUUGAGUUCCCCCAUUGGCAUGGUAGGUAGUGCCUGUGGUAAUCCUAAUAGAACUUAUCCAAACAUCCCAGCAACUUCUUUACAGGGUAUUAAUGAAGGACCCAGUAACUCCAUUGGCUUUUCUGCUACUUCUCCUGUUCUCAGACAGUUGAGCUCACAAAAUUCUCCCAGCAGAAUGAACAUGCUGCCAACAAAAGCAGAAUCCAAAGACGGCAAAGAAAUCACAUCCAUCUUAAAUGAAAUGGUUCAAUCUGACAACAGUUCAAAUGAUGUUAAACCACUGGAGUCAGGCCUCUUGCAUAGCAGUGACAAACUCUCAGAAGGAGAUAAUAAAUACUCUCAAACCAGUCAUAAACUAGUGCAGCUUCUGGCAACAACUGCUGAACAGCAGCUACGACAUACCGAUACCGAUACGAGUGGCAAAGAUGCUUUAUCUUGCUCAGGCACUUCAACUUCAACAGCCAAUAACUCUUCGUCUUCGGGCAACACUUGCCCUUCCUCUCAUAGUUCAUUGACUGAGAGACACAAAAUUCUACACAGGCUCUUGCAAGAAGGUAGCCCUUCAGAUAUAACUACUCUGUCAGUGGAGCAUGACAAAAAGGAUAAUGGAUCUAGUUCUGUGAGUAAUCAAGUGCCAGGGAACUCUAACAUAAAAUUAGAACUGGAGGCUUCAAAGAAAAAGGAAUCAAAGGACCAUCAGCUAUUACGGUACCUUUUAGAUAAAGAUGAGAAAGACUUAAGAGCAGCUCCAGCCUUGAGUCUGGAUGAUGUGAAAGUGAAAGUUGAAAAGAAAGAACAAAUGGAUCCUUGUAACACAACCCCAACCCCACUGACUAAAGCUGCUCCAGAGGAAAUCAAAUUAGAGUCCCAGAGUCAGUUUUCAGGAGACCUUGACCAGUUUGAUCCAUUACUACCAACACUGGAGAAGGCAUCGCAGCUGCCAGGUUUAUGUGAAUCAGAAAGGAUGGAAGGUGGAGGCACUGGGGUGACCAUCAAAUCAGAAAUCCUGCCAACUGCCCUUCAGUCUACCCCAGCCAGACCUCCACCCAGACUGAAUAGAUUGCCUGAACUUGAACUGAGUGGUCUCGAUCAUCAAUUUGGGCAGCCAGGAAUAGAUGACCAGGUUCCAUGGGCAAAUAACACAAUAACUGCUAUGAAUCAAGGACCUCUGAAUAAACCGGAAGACCAGUGUAUCACCUCCCAACUAGAUGAGCUCCUAUGCCCACCAACAACAAUAGAGGGAAGAAAUGAUGAGAAGGCCCUUCUUGAUCAGUUGGUAUCCUUUCUGAGUGGCAAAGAUGAAACUGAACUAGCUGAGCUAGACCGAGCCCUUGGAAUUGACAAACUUGUCCAGGGGGGUGGAUUAGAAGUAUUAACAGAGAGAUUUCAACCACAACAAUCAACACCACCUUUAAUGAUGGAGGAAAGGUCCAACCUGUAUUCUCAGCCUUAUUCUUCAGCUUCACCUACUGCUAAUCUCCCUAGUCCUUUCCAAGGCAUGGUUCGGCAAAAGCCUGCCAUGGGAACUAUGCCAGUUCAAGUACCACCACCUCGGGGAGCUUUUCCUACUAACAUGGGCAUGCAGCCCCGGCAGACUCUAAACAGGCCUCCAGCUGCUCCCAACCAACUUAGACUUCAACUGCAGCAGAGGUUGCAGGGACAACAGCAGUUGAUACACCAAAAUCGGCAGGCUAUCUUAAACCAGUUUGCAGCAUCUGCCCCCGUUGGCAUUAAUAUGAGGUCAGGCAUGCAACAACAGAUCACGCCACAGCCUCCCCUGAAUGCCCAGAUGUUGGCACAGCGACAGCGAGAAUUGUACAGUCAACAGCACCGACAAAGGCAGCUAAUACAACAACAGAGAGCUCUAUUAAUGAGACAGCAAAGCUUUGGGAACAACCUCCCUCCUUCAUCUGGACUCCCAGUUCAAAUGACUUCUCGUCUUCCUCAGGGUGCUCCACAGCAAUUUCCUUACCCUUCUAGUUAUGGUACAAACCCAGGAACUCCUCCAACCUCUACCAGCCCAUUUUCACAACUGACAUCAAAUCCUGAAGCAUCCUUGGCCAGCCGCAACAAUAUGGUCAACAGAGGUAUGACAGGGAAUGUUGGAGGACAGUUUGGUACUGGAAUCAAUCCUCAGAUGCAGCAGAGUGUCUUCCAGUAUCCGGGAUCAGGAUUAGGCCAACAAGGUGAACCCAACUUUACUCCAUCUCUCAGCCCUGGCAGUCCCAUGAUGUCACUACAGAUUCCUCCUUCCCAAAGCCCUAUGCUGCAGCAAACUCAGCCCUCUUCAGGCUACCAGUCACCAGACAUGAAGACCUGGCAGCAAGGAGCAAUUGGCAAUAACAACAUGUUCAAUCAGAACCAGCCUACACCUGCACAGCCAGGAGUAUACAACAAUAUGAGCAUCACCGUAUCCAUGGCAGGAGGAAAUACAAAUGUCCAGAACAUGAACCCUAUGAUGGGCCAGAUGCAGAUGAGUUCAUUGCAGAUGCCAGGAAUGAAUACAGUGUGUUCUGAGCAGAUAAGUGAUCCAGCACUGAGACACACAGGCCUUUACUGCAAUCAGCUUUCAUCAGCUGACAUUCUCAAAACAGAAUCAGAUGGCAGUGCCCAGCAGGUGCAGCAGGUUCAGGUGUUCGCCGACGUCCAGUGUACAGUGAAUCUGGUAGGCGGGGACCCUUACCUGAACCAGCCUGGGCCCCUGGGAUCUCAAAAACCCACAUCAGGUCCGCAGAACCCCCAGGCCCAGCAGAAGAGCCUCCUUCAGCAGCUACUGACUGAAUAACCACUUUUAAAGGAAUGUGAAAUUUAAAUAAUAGACAUACAGAGAUAUACAAAUAUAUUAUAUAUUUUUCUGAGAUUUUUGAUAUCUCAAUCUGCAGCCAUUCUUCAGGUCGUAGUAUAUGGAGCAAAAAAGGGGUUUGCUUUUUGCUGAGGGUUGGGGAGGUGUUUUUUGCUUUGUAAAGGCCUUGGAUAUUGAGAGAGCAACGCGGCAGAACAGUUGGACAAUCGAUUUCUUGAGCCAAAUUUAAUUGUUCUUAUUUUUAUAAUCAGUCAUUGGCUUCUUAUCUGGAUGAAGGCUUUUGGAGGAGAACCAAGAUGAAAAGUUCCAAGUGGAGAAAGAAACUCCAUUUCAGCUGGAUUUGACUCUGACCCCAUUAUGGAGGAAGGGCUUGGUAGCCCUGUGCCCUUCAGCAAAAAAACAACUACAAAAGGCUGUCAUCUUUCUGUAAAGCCUAUCCCACCCCCAGGCAGCUUGUGUGUACAAUCAGCUUCUUCUAGCAAUUCUAUGUCUGUUGGCUUCAAGAAAGUAUUUUGCACCUCCUCCUCCCCAUUCCGUUUUUUUAAAGAUGGUUUAAAUCAAGAUGCCUCCAGCCAUAGAGGCACAAAUGUGUACAUUUGCAAGGGAUUAAAAAGAGAAAGUACAGUUUGGGGGAAAAUGCAAUAAUUUUUUGGAAGGGUUGGGGAAGGACAAAGGGCAAAGUCUUUUGAGUUAUUGUAGAUACAAUUUUCUGAUUAAAUGUGGAAAAAAGGCAGUUUGUUCUUUCUGCUUUUAUUGUAUUAACAGCUAAGGUAGCUAAAGUUAUUUAAAAUAAAAGUAAAUUCUAUGAUCUAAGCAGCUUAUUCUGCCCUUGAAAUCUCCAUGUAAAUAUUUCUGAUUUCUUGUAGAAAUUUAUUUCCUUCUGUUUAGUUUUAUGCUUUUAAUAUCACACUUGAUUUUUCUAAAUUUUUUGUGUAUAAAAUAUAACUUGUUAAUUGAAUUGCAGUUCUGAAACAUUUGGCUAUUUCAAUAUUUUAAUAACUGUGAUGCCAUUUAUGGAUUUACUUUAAGAAUUUACAACCAAUAAUGUCACUGCCAGAAAGUGCCGUCCCCUGCCUCAAGGGGGACCAGUAGCUAUGCUAUAUUGAAGAGUCCCAUGGGGCGAACUGACUUAUUCCAGAGAACUAUACUAGGAGCUAUUCUUAUGAGUAAAUGUCAAAAUUACAUAGGUUUCUUGAAUAAAGGGAAAAAUUAGUUCUCAAAGAAAACCUCACUUUUCAGGUUUUAAGUUUAGGAUUUGAAUUACCAUCAAUCCAGACAUAAUUGUUUCUAUAUCAGGCCGGGAAAAAUCUACCUCCUGCUAUAGGGCUAAUUUUAUCCCUUUCCAUUAUCCCUCCCUCCCAUAAGGGAUCCAAUGGACCCAUUUCCUGCCUUUAGAAAUGUCACUGUGAGAAUAGAAAAGCUUGAGAAUGGUGUUAUGAAAGAACCAGAGGUAGCAUCAUCAGCUUCCCUGGGCCAACAAAUGAUAUUCUCCACCCCUACUACCUCUGCUUUCUGGGCAAAAGAAAUGUUUAAGAACAAAGAACGUAGAUUCCACGAUUAAAGAAGAAGCCAUUUUCUUAGCUCUUACCCUCCUUCCUAGCCAGUUCCUCCCAGUUUCAAACAUCUUCACCUAAUAUAGAAAAUAAUUUGUUCAGAAAAUGUAAUGAAUGAAAAGAUGAAGGAAGAGCUAACAAUGGGUAGUAACCGCAAAUCAAAAAUGACAUCCUCAAUUAUAAAUAUGACCUCCUUAAAUUCUUCACGAACUUCAUCCUUGAUCUAUUCAUUCCCGGCCUGACUGCCCAGCCCUGCAUUACUCUACCCCUCCAUCUCAUUGCCCUAUUACCCUGAGGAGGAGACAAGGGAGAUUUUCUCUUUUGUUUGUCACAUAUAGAUGUGCAAUCAGACUUCAGGGUGUUCAACUCUCACUUUAGCAUUCCAAGCGAAGUUUCCUGGCUGACUGCUUUUGUAUAAGGAACUAGAAAAAAAAGUAGAGAAUACAGAAGAUGCCAACAUAAGACAGCACCUCCCCCAUCCCAAUCCAGCUGCACCUUAAAGUAUGCAUGUCACCUUAAAAGUUUUUAUAGUUGCACUGUUUGUUUUAUGUUUGUACAGUUUAAAAUGAUUGCUAAAUUUGAGGAAAAUAAAAUUGCUUGCACCUA